AUGCGCAAAUCACAUUAUCUCCUCUCUUACACUCUCUCCUGUAUUCACUCCUCUCUUACACUCUCUCCUGUAUUCACUCCUCUCUCACACUCUCUCCUGUAUUCACUCCUCUCUCACACUCUCUCCUGUAUUCACUCCUCUCUCACACCUCUCCUGUAUUCACUCCCUCUCUCACACUCUCCUGUAUUCACCCCCUCUCACACUCUCCCUGUAUUCACUCCUCUCUCACACUCUCUCCUGUAUUCACUCCUCUCUCACACUCUCUCCUGUAUUCACUCCUCUCUCACACUCUCUCCUGUAUUCACUCCUCUCUCACACUCUCUCCUGUAUUCACUCCUCUCUCCUGUAUUCACUCCUGUAUUCACUCCUCUCUCCUGUAUUCACUCCUGUAUUCACUCCUCUCUCCUGUAUUCACUCCUGUAUUCUACUCUCUCUGUAUUCCUGUAUUCACUCCUCUCCCUGUAUUCACUCCUGUAUUCACUCCUCUCUCCUGUAUUCACUCCUGUAUUCACUCCUCUCUCCUGUAUUCACUCCUGUAUUCACUCCUCUCUCCUGUAUUCACUCCUGUAUUCACUCCUCUCUCCUGUAUUCACUCCUGUAUUCACUCCUCUCUCCUGUAUUCACUCUCACACUCUCUCGUCUAUUCACUCUCACACUCUCUCGUCUAUUCACUCUCACACUCUCUCGUCUAUUCACUCUCACACUCUCUCGUCUAUUCACUCUCACACUCUCUCGUCUAUUCACUCUCACACUCUCUCGUCUAUUCACUCUCACACUCUCUCGUCUAUUCACUCUCACACUCUCUCGUCUAUUCACUCUCACACUCUCUCGUCUAUUCACUCUUUACUCUCGUCUAUUCACUCCUUACUCUCUCCCUCUCUUCUAUCCUAUCUUCUCUCUCAUUUCAAUUUUUCUCUUUCUUAUUGCUUGCUUGGUAUGUGCACAAGAUUACCAGACUGUGUUCUCAACUCUCCGUUGCAAUAUAAACUGUUUCUACAGGUUGAUCAGAAAAGGCAGGCAACAUAA